AUGGCGUUUGUCCGGCGCCCGUGUGCGGUGGCGCUGCUCGCCUGUGCCGCCGCGUUCCUCGUUGCCGCCGUCGGCGCUCAGCCGGCGGACCCGAGCGGCAAGCCGUUGGAUCCCAAUCCCAUCCUCACGGACCCCGAUAUACAGCGCGUGUACAUGAGCCCUGGCGGGCCGCUCACCACGGUGAGCUGCUACAACCGGAGCAACCCGGCGGCAAAGGAGCCUGACUGCAGGAUCACGGCGCGCCAGUGCCCCCGCGGCUGCCGCGACCUCUGCUACGUGCACUGCCCCACCUGCAAGCUCGUCUGCAUGUGCGAUCUGACCGGCACGGAGUGCUACGACCCGCGCUUCGUCGGCGGCGACGGCAACAAGUUCCUCUUCCACGGCCGGAGGGACGCCGACUUCUGCCUCCUCUCCGACUCCAACCUGCACAUCAACGCGCACUUCAUCGGCAAGCGCAACGAGCAGGGGGCACGGGACUUCACCUGGGUGCAGGCGCUCGGCAUCCGCUUCGGUGGCCACCGCCUCUACCUCGGCGUCAAGCGGACGGUCACAUGGAACAGCGCCGUCGACCGCCUCGCAAUCACCUUUGACGGCGUGCCCGUCGAGCUAGACGCCGCACCGGCCGCCAGCUGGAGCCCGGCCUCCGUGCCCGCGCUCUCCGUCGUCCGCACCGGCGCGGCCAACGGUGUCGUGGUGCGCCUCGACGGGCGGUUCCGCAUCGUUGCCAACGCGGUGCCGGUCACCGAGGAGGACUCGAGGGUCCACGGCUACGGCCUCACCGCCGACGACAGCCUCGCGCACCUCAACGUGGCCUUCAAGUUCCACUCCAUCAGCGCCGACGUGCACGGCGUGCUCGGCCAGACCUACCGCUCCGACUACGUCAGCGCCGGGGUCGACAUGGGCGCCAAGAUCCCGGUGAUGGGCGGCGCCGGGAAGUACCAGGUGUCCAACAUCUUCGGGACAGACUGCGAGGUAGCGCGCUUCGCCGGCGAGGAUGCCAGGGAAGUGGGCCUGAUCCAGGAGCCGGCCGACACCAUGUGCGGCAGCGGUAAGGGCAGCGCCGGGCUGGUCUGCAAGAAGUGA